AUGUCCCUGUCGCCUCGUUCGCUGCACAUCGGCUCUCUGCAGCAGGUAGCACACAUUACCACUUCAUCAGCCCCGCCGAGUACCGAGCCAAAACCCAAGACCAUCGAGACUGGUACCUCAGGGAAGAGGAAGCGUCCUUUGACUGCUGAACAAGAACGCUUCCUUGACAGUGCCCUCCGAGUGAAUCAGACUGGUGAACUUGCCGCCGUCCUCAUAUACCAGGCUCAAACCCCGCCUACAGUCAGAGCACACCCUCAUCUCCGUCCGUUAAUGAAGCACAUGUACGAUCAAGAAGCUGGUCAUUUCAAGUACUUCAACAAGAUCAUAGCCAAGCACCGCAUUCGCCCAACUGCUUUGACGCCAGUAUGGGGUGUUGCAGCGACUGCCUUGGGCUGGACGACCGCCAUACUAGGCCAGGAGGCUGCAAUGGCAUGUACAGAGGCCGUCGAGACUGAGAUCGGUGAACAUUACAAUGCACAAGUGCGAGAGCUUCUAGCGUGGAUGAAGGAUAUGGAAGAGCGAGGUGAGGAGCCUGGCGAGGAGAUGACGGAUUUGCUCAGUAACCUACGGAGGAUAAGAGACGAGGAGCUCGAGCAUCUGGACCAUGCUGUUGAACACGACGCAAAGCAGGCUCGUCCUUAUGAACUCCUGACAAAUGUCAUUCGAGGCGGCUGUCGUGCGGCCAUUUGGGCCAGCGAGAAGGUAUAA